UAGUGGUCGUGACAUCACAUCCGUAACCGUAUCAACAUGGACGCCACUCUGGAAACAAGUGAAGAAAAUGGGUUUUAUGACAGAAAUGCAGCCGCCAAACUACAUGAGCGAAUCGAGAAACGUCAGCAGGUGUUGGCAGAAGACGUUGAACGAAGAAAAGAGGCGAGACAGAGCCAAUCGGUGGCUGAGGAGAAGAGUGAGUAUUUUGUGAGCACUUUUAACGCGGAGCGGGCGGGUAUCCAGGAGCUUCUUUCCGACUGUUCUGGAGCUGACCGACCCACUGUGACCCAGAAACUGGAAGAGGCCACGGCCAAGAUGACGCAGCUACAGAAAUUUCUGAACGACAGCAUGAUAUUUCUGAGCCAGUACCAAAUAAGAGUAGCUCAGGGCGCUCUGCAGAAGCUCCAGGCAUCUCUGAAUGAGACCAGAGAGGAGGCCCUGCCCAAGAAAAAGUUCACAUUUAGAGCGAGAACCAAAGCUGCGGAGAAGGUCUCUGAUUCUCCUCCUCCUCCUCCAUCUGAGACUGUGAGUUCAGGUGUCACUAAAGUGGAUGAAGCCACAAUCUCAGAGCAGACUGGCUUCUCCAACAUCAGCAACGAGUCUCUAACAAAGACAUCAGAGGAGAUCCAAAACAGAGAUGUGCUGCUGACUCACCUGACCAACUGCAAGGUUCGUCUGUAUGGUUCUCCCAGCACCCUGCACCUGAAACACAUCACAGCCUGUGAGGUUCUCUGUGGACCUGUAGCUACCUCUGUGUUCGUGGAUCACUGUAGCAACAGUGUCCUAGGCUUCGCCUGCCAGCAGCUGAGGACCCACAACACCACCGACACCCAGGUGUACCUACACGUCACCAGCCGGGCCAUCAUCGAGGACUGCCGAGGGGUGAGCUUUGCCCCGUUCUGCUGGUCUUACCCCACCCUGGACCAGGAUUUUACUGCAUCUGGCCUGGACCAGGACAGAAACAACUGGAGCCAGGUGGACGACUUCAACUGGCUGGCUGCUGGGACGCCUUCCCCAAACUGGACUGUUAUUCCAGAAGCAGGCAGAAAAACCACCUGGGACCCUUAAAAUUGAAUGUUUUAAGAUGUUCUCCAAGUUCACAUGUUCAAUUAAAUUAAGUUCUAUUAAAAAUCCCACCUGAUUAUUGUCAUAGAUCCACUCAGUUUUGGGUGGUGCACUUAAAUGUAAUUUAUGUAAACAUUUAAUCUUUAAAAUAAAGUUUCUUGCAUGUUA